UUGAAUCCCUUAUUCUUUUCCGCCCACGCUCUUUUUAUCGGUCUUUCCACCCUCGGUUUGCCCGUAGACACUCGCUUUUGUUUACUCCCCUUUGCGCCAUCCCUCCCCUCGUUUUACGGACGGUGUCGAAAGAACGGAGAAACAGCCACUCUUUGAGAAGGAAGAAGGAAAGAAAGGGACGAGAAAGAGUCAUUCGUUGAGACCAGAAAAAAACCUGCUAUUCACCUCAACGACAACGACAACGACGACAAAAACAACAUCCAUCAGAAACACACACCAAGAUGCGGUCAUCUCUUUUGACAGGCGCCAUUGCGGCGGCCUUGAGCUUUUCCGGUUAUGCUGCCGCCGCCGACGCUGAGGCGUGGAAGUCCCGAUCCAUCUACCAGGUCAUGAUCGACCGUUUCGCCCGCGACGACGGUGGUUCGGUCGACUGCAAGCUGUACGAGUUUUGCGGCGGUACUUGGAAGGGCCUCCUCAACAAGUUGGAUUACAUCCAAGGUAUGGGCUUCGAUGCCAUUCAGAUCAGCCCCGUCAUCAAGAACGAGGACAAGGACACCGCCGUUGGCCAGCCCUACCACGGUUACUGGUCGCAGGAUCUCACCCAGGUCAACCCCAAGUUCGGUACCGAGCAGGACCUCAAGAACCUCGUUGACGAGAUGCACAAGCGUGACAUGUUCCUCAUGGUCGACGUUGUCGUGAACCACAUGGCGCAGGAGUUCGACAACAUUGUACCCCCCAAGGUCGACUACUCCUUGUUCAACCCGUUCAACGACAAAAAGUACUUCCACCCGUACUGCAACGUUACCGAGUGGGACAACGCCACCAACUACCAGGACUGCUGGCUCUAUCCCUAUGGCAUCGCCCUCGCCGAUCUCAAGACCGAGUCCCCCGAUGUUGUCAGCCUUUUCACCAAGUGGAUCAAGAAUCUCGUCUCGACCUAUUCCAUCGACGGUCUUCGUAUCGAUGCCGCCAAGCACGUCAACGAUGCCUUCCUGCCCGCGUUCGUCGAGGCUUCCGGCGUCUUCGCUCUCGGUGAGGUUUUGACCGGCGUUACUGCGGACAUGUGCCGCUACCAGAACAAGACCAAGAGCCUCCUCCCCGGCAUGCCCAACUACCUCGACUACUACCCCUUGAACGCGGCCUUCAACGGCGGUGACUUUACCACCCUCGGCCAGAUCCGCUCCCAGGCCCAAGACCAAUGCAACGACACUCUUGCCCUCGGUACUUUCAUUGAGAACCACGAUAUGCCCCGCUUUGCCAGCCAGAACGACGAUAUGGCCCUCGCCAAGAACGCCAUGACCUACGUUAUCAUGAACGACGGUAUCCCUACUGUCUACCAAGGUCAGGAGCAGCACUUCAAGGGCGGCGCGACCCCCGACAACCGCGAGCCCCUCUGGACCUCCAACUACAACACCUCGGCGCCCCUCUACCAACUCGCCCAGAUUCUCAACAAGGUCCGCAAGAACGCCAUCAAGGUGUCGCCCGACUACGUCAAGCAGACGUCCAACGUCCUGAUCGCCGACGUCAACCACUUCUGCCAGUCCAAGGGCCCCGCCGAGAACUCGGUCGUGUUCUGCGUCACCAACAAGUCCUCCAAGGGCGACAGCUACGAGCUGCCCGUCCCCGGCGGCUUCCGCGACUCGGACCAGGUCGUCGAGGUCCUCAGCUGCGCCACCACCACCGCCGACGGCCUCGGCCAGAUCACCGCCUUCAUGGGCGCCGGCGAGCCCAAGGUCUGGGUCAAGCAGUCUGCUCUUGAGGGCACCGACAUCUGCCCCAAGACCACCGUCGCCGGCCCCAUCAAGGAGAACGGCGCUGUCUCCAAGGGCGCCGCCACCGGUGUCCUGAUGGCUGCCGUUCUCGGAACUGCUAGCUUGCUCCUCUAAAUUUUCUAACCAAAUUUUAGAGGAGACGAAACAAAGAAAAGCAAAAAAAGAAAACAAACAAGCUGUAGUCAUCUUGGGAGCUGAGAGGAAGCAGGUGGAAAGAUACCCAAACGCACACUUGACGGUUUGAAAGUCGCAUUAGAAGAAAUGGCAAAUGUUGUUGUUGAAAGCAAUGAGAGUCAGUGAAGGCCACGCAAGCAACGCCGUGUACAUACAACAAGGCUGGUCGGUCGCACACCAUCAAUCGUAUGUCCGUCGGGUGUCAAUAUUUUUUCUGGAUAACGGCGUAAUGGCUGCUUGAUUAUAUAAUUCCCAACCGCAUAGUAUAUAUACGUAUUACAAUUUUUAUUCUACCUUUUUUUUCGCCUCCACACCCUUUAGUUCCAAUAAAUUACCUUGAUAUUCCCUCAAGGUCGGAUGCUCG